AUGAUCUGCCGAAUGCCCCUCUUUUGUUCACAAAAGUCCCUGAAUGCUCGCCUCCAGUUAGCCGAAGUCCUUGAAAGUAUCUCGCCCGAGCGACAUUCUCUUCUGCGAACUGGGCCUUUGCCUUCCGUCAUAAGUCCCCUCUCCGCCGGUGGUGCAACUGCAAAUUACCUCAUCCCUGGGCACUACUCCACUAGAAAAAGUCCUAUUUUCAAAGACCGGGAUCUCCAUGGAAAUCGUGAUCGAGAGACUGUACUUAGAGAGCGUGAGAAGGACAAGGACUCUAGAGAGAAGGAACGCGAACGUGACAAAGACCGAGACCGCGACACUGUUGUCCUCCUGACGCGUGAUGGUCUUCAGUCAGCUUCCCGAGGUCUGGUUCUUGGCGUGGACUCAUCUAACAACGAAUAUACGAAUCCAUCUUUUCUGUUAUCAUCUUCGCCCGCAACAUUGGCAAAUGGGGCAAUCAGCAUAGGCACAUACAAGGCGCCAUCAGCCUGGGAGAUCGACUAUCCUCCUCUCUUCGUCGCCUAA